AUGUGCGGUCGUAUGUGUUUGUUCCUCGAUGUAGAGGAGUUGGAAGAUUACUGCCAGUACCAAAAAACGCGCGAAAGUGAAGUGGAACCCCCGCGUUAUCGCAACGAGUGCGGCAAAAAAUAUCAGCCGUCUUUCAAUGUAGCUCCAACCGAUGUUACACCGGUUCUGGUGUCGGCCAUUCACUUUGAUGAAACCGCUGAUUCAGCCGACCAAUUGUUGGUCCCGAUGAUGUGGGGCAUAGUGCCUCGCUGGCACAAGGGUGACUAUCGGAAGCACGGUCUCACAACCAAUAAUUGUCGACUGGAGGAUAUAGCUUCCUCCAAACUCUACGGUCCACCUAUGGAAGCUGGAAAACGAUGCGUAGUUCUUUGUGAAGGUAUUUAUGCCUGGCAAGGACAACGUUUCAAGAAAGCUCAUUCCAAAAUGGGAUGCAAGAGACCAGUAUUUUACGUGUACAUGCCACAGGACGAGAAAGUGAAGGCUGAAGAUAGAGCAACGUGGGACUUGGCAGAUGGCCAAUUCAAACUGCUGCGUAUGGCGGGCCUGUUCGACGUAUGGAACGAUGAAAACGGAGACAAGCUGUACAGCUAUACGGUAAUCACGAUCGAAACAAAGGGUCAAUUUGCCAAAAUUAAUCGACGGUCGCCGGCCAUCCUCGAGACGGACGAACAGGUGUCCGAUUGGUUAGAUUACAACCGUGUCCCCGCGGAAAGAGCUUUAAGCAUGUUACAGCCUUGCAUUACCAUGCGCUGGCAUCGCGUUUCGAACGAUGUGGACAAUUCACGCAACAAAUCAGAUCAGUGCAACAAACCUGUGCCGGUUUUGCAAAUGUUUGCCAAAAAGCCAAUAGCCACUCCAGAGAACGUGCUCAUGCUAUCGUGGUUGAGCAAAGCAAAGCAAAAAGGGACUUCCUGAUUUUUCUCUCCGAACAGUAUCCAUUGUACCGCAAAAAGUAAGGUGCAUUUUAUGUUGAGAUUGAUUUAUGCCUGUGAAAUAUGUCGAGAAAUAUAAUGGAGGUAACAUUCCGA